AUGGAGCCGGGAUUCAACUGCUCUGAGCUCUGCGAUGGCAGCUCCAGUUUUGGCAGCCAGGAGCAGCAGCGGCGGGCGCUGCAGGAGCUCUGCACGGUCACGGUGACAUCUUCUGACCGCAGUGGGAAGAGCUCCCCGUCCUUCUCUGCUGCUCUUCUGGGAGUUGUGUGGACCUUCCUGACCGGAGGAGUCCUGCUGGCGCUCUUCUUCCUUGUCUUCACCAUUCGCUUCAGGAAAAACAGGAUCGUGAAGAUGUCCAGCCCCAAUCUGAACAUUGUGACCCUGCUGGGCAGUGGCUUGACUUACACUAGUGCUUACCUCUUUGGGAUUCCGGAGCAGAGCCUGCUGUCCGGAGACUCGGUGGAAAAGCUUAUUCAGGUUCGUCUCUGCCUGCUCUGCGUGGGAACCUCCUUGGUGUUUGGCCCCGUCCUGGGAAAAAGCUGGCGGCUCUACAAGGUGUUCACCCAGCGGGUGCCGGACAAGCGGGUGAUUAUCAAAGACCUCCAGUUGCUGGCGAUGGUGGCAGCGUUGGUGCUGGCGGACGCCGUGUUGCUCUUGACGUGGGUAUUCUCUGAUCCAGUCCAAUGCUUCCGAAGCCUCAGCAUCUCACUGCGGGCGACAGAGAAAGGCAUGACCUGCUCCGUCAGCCGGGUGCAGUCCUGCGGAUCUCUCUAUUCCGAUCUGUGGCUCGUUCUCAUUUUAGGGUUUAAGAGUAUCCUUCUGCUGUAUGGGACCUACUUGGCCGGUCUGACGGACAACGUCAGCUCCCCGCCAGUCAACCAGUCCUUGACGCUCAUCGUCGGGGUCAACCUCGUUUUCCUGGCUGCUGGCACCAUCUGCUUAGUUCACCGUUUCUUCCGCGCUUGGCACAACCUGCUGUUUGGUUUUACCUCCGGAGGCAUCUUCGUGUGUACAACCACGAUCAACUGCUUCAUCUUUGUCCCACAGCUCAAGCAGUGGAAAGCCUUUGAAGAAGAAAGCCAAACCGUGAGCCACAUGGCGAAGUAUUUCACCAGCCCGAGCAAGAGCUGCCGCUCGGUGUACAGCGAGGAGCAGCUCUACCAGCUGAUAGGGGAGAAAAACUCCAUGAAGCGGCUGCUCACCGAGAAAAACGCCGUGAUCGAAAGCCUGCAGGAGCAAGUGAGCAGUGCCAAGGAGAAGCUGAUGAGGCUGAUGUCUGCAGAGAGCGGCUGCGACCCCCUCGCGCCGCCGCCAGCUCCCCGCACCUGGAGCUCAGGACGGCGCGGGGAUGGACCGGGGGACCGCUGUCCCCCGGAUCCGGAGCGGGAUGGGUUGCAGCCUCCCUGCUUGCCGGAUACACCGCGUCUUCGCAGCGAUGCUCGGGACCUCCAGAACAACGCCAGCCGCGAGCCCGUUUGCUCUCAGGUGCUGGUUUUUGAGACGGGGGACGGCAUCGAACGUGGCCUGAAAGAUGUCCAGGAGUGCGGGACACCCGCGGGGCAGGGGCAGCCUCCGGAGCAGCUGCCGGGCCAGGACAUCUCAUCUGGCGUGGCCUGGGAGACGUCCCCCAAAGUCAGCUACGUCAGCAGCGAGAAGCUGCGGGAAAUCUUGCAAGAGCUGAGCCUGGAUGGCAAAGCCUAUAGCCCGGCUUUACCUGGGGGAUCCCCGCUUGGCAGCCCCCCAGGUGAGCAGGGAGGAACGUGGGGGGGCCGGGAAGGCUACCUGGGCAUCCGCACGCCCCUCAGCCCCUACCUGGCAAGGCGGCGGCGGCGGAUCCCGCUGCCCGCUGCUUCCACCCGCUUCCACGGACACGUCUCCCCUCGUGCCGGCCGCGGGGUGAAGGAGGCAGGCGGCUGGGGCGGUGGGGAAUCGCCACGGAUCUCCCUGGGGAGGGAAGGGGAGAUGGCUGGCGGAGGGCUCCUUCACCCGCCAGCACCGUCCCCUCUAGCCGUCCCUGGGGAGCUCUGCCUCCAGCCGGAGGGAUGGCCAGGAUGGCCAGAAUCUCGGGAUGCUUCACCGUGCAUCCCGCGGGAACAGCGGCGGCGGUGGCGGGGCCCCCCGGGGGGCCCCGCCGAGCCCUCCCUGCGCUCGCUGUACUAUUACCCGGACUCGGACUCCAGCAGCAGCAGCUCUGAGGAGAUGUUUCACGGCUGCCACCGGCCCUGCUGCGAGGUCUGCUUCCAGAGCCCACGCGGCUCCCUGGGAAGCAGCAGCACAGACACGGACACAGAGCCCAGCGGUCGCGCGGGCCCCCGGACAGAGCAGCACGGCGGGCCCCAGCCCGUGGUGAAUUUCAAAGAAGAUCUGAAACCCACCUUUGUGUGA